AGAAACACGGAGAGAAAGAUAAAGAGAUAGGAUAUUACAUUAAAUGCUCAUUUUCUUUCUCAUGGCGGAUAUUACAAGAACUACUACACUUCUCCUUCCUUCUCAAGUCCUCUCCUUGUCUUUCUUGGAAUUAGUGAUGUUCUUUCAUUUGGGUUCUUGUUCUUCUUUCGUUUCUUGUCUUUAGUUGUUGCUGGAAAUACAGGUUAGUUCUUGAAAGAAAGAGAAAGAGAAGGAUCGAAAUGGCUGUGUCCUUGGCUUUUGCUAAUCUUCCAUUUCAGUUUAGUAAUGUUAAAGUGGUUGAAAAUCCCUUGUGUUUUGGCUUGGCUCCUACACAGCUUCCUUUUUUAUGCAAGGAACGAAGAAGAUUGUCAUCUUCCAGGACAAUAAUUAUUGUGCAAGCUUCAUCGGCUCCAACCGUUGAGGAUGGAAGUCAAAAUGAGACUGAUGCAAUUCCAACUCCGAAAGUUAUAAUUGACCAAGACUCUGAUCCAGACGCAACUGUGGUGGAGAUAACCUUUGGAGAUCGCCUUGGUGCUCUUCUGGAUACGAUGAAUGCGCUUAAAAACCUCGGGCUGAAUGUUGUUAAGGCUAAUGUCUUUUUGGAUUCUUCUGGGAAGCACAACACAUUUGCCAUCACUAAAUCUAGUACUGGUAGAAAAGUUGACGACCCAGAGCUGCUGGAGGCCAUUCGUUUGACAAUCAUAAACAAUUUGCUUCAGUAUCACCCGGAAUCAAGUUCACAGUUAGCAAUGGGAAUUGCCUUUGGAGUAGAGCAACCAAAACAGGUUGAUGUGGAUAUAGCAACCCAUAUAAAAGUCAAAGAUGAUGGUCCUGACCGAAGCUUGUUUUUAGUGGAGACAGCUGAUCGACCAGGAUUACUGGUGGAUCUUGUAAAGAAUAUCACUGACAUUAACAUUUCUGUUGAAUCAGGAGAAUUUGACACCGAGGGGUUGUUGGCCAAGGCAAAGUUUCAUGUCAGCUACAAGGGCAAAGCCAUCAGCAAGCCUCUGCAACUGGUUCUCGGUAACAGUUUGCGAUAUUUCUUGAGGCGACCAACGACCGAGGAAGCAAGUUUUUGAGCCAUGCUAGAAAAUGACCAGAUCCAUUAUCAUAUACUCUACGGAGAUUGUGAUUUAUACUCAAUGUCUGGGAAUGUAGAAACUUGUUGUUGCAUUAAUCUGCAUAUAGGAAUCACAUCGGCCUCACAUAAACUAUGGACAAUAGAUUAUUAGUCUUCACCACAAUAUCACUGUCUCACAAACUAUGGAAUUUUAUUACCAAUAUCAUUGAAAGCAGAUGGCAGUUCUGUUACAAAAACAUGAAAAAAUCAAAGCCAUUACUUA